GACAGUUGACACGUCAGUUGAUAAAAAUUGAAAUCAACAGACGUGAACUUGGAAGUUGGAACUUUCAUCUUUCGAAUUCUGGGUUUUGGAUAUUAUUUAAUCAUUUUCUAAAUAGUGUUUUAUAUGGUGAAUGUGAAAUAAAAAGCAAAAAGAUAUUAUUUUUAUAGAAAUGGCACCAUCUACUGAUUGGGAUGAAAUAAAGAGAUUAGCGGCAGAUUUCCAAAAAGCACAAUUGUCCACUACUGCACAAAGGUUAUCAGAGAGAAACUGUGUUGAAAUCGUAACAAAGUUGAUUGAGCUUAAAUUACUUGAUGUAAUUUUCACAAAUGAUGGCAAAGAAUAUUUGACCCCACAGCAACUUAUUAAAGAGAUUAAAGAUGAGUUGUAUGUGAGAGGAGGACGAGUGAACACAGUCGAACUUGCAAAAGAGCUUAAUGUGGAUCUCAAUCAAAUAAACAUAUAUGCUGGUGACAUAGUCAAGAGUAAAGAGGUGCAAUUAGUUGCAGGAUCUUUCAUAACACACUAUUAUUUAGAAAAAAUUGCAAGGGAAAUAAAUGAAAAGUUGCAACUCCAGGGACAAAUCACAGUAGGAGAUUUAACAUUGCAGUAUGAUCUGUCAGCAGAAUUAUUACAACACAGCGUUUUGGAAAGAUAUUUGGGAAAAAUCAUCAGUGGUAAACAGGAUCCUUCUGAUCCUAGAAUAUUUUACACAGAAGAGUAUAUUACAAGGACAAAGGCAAAGAUUCGAGGAGCAUUAAUGGGUCUUCUCAAACCAACCCCUAUUAGUCUGAUCAUUAGUCAUUGUAAUUUAACAGAGAGACUCUUUCUGUACCUCUUUGAUCAGUUGAAUGCCCCUGGAGUACUGACAGGCCGGCAAUCAGGAGCACAAUAUGUGCCAUCAUGUUACACAAAGUCACAAAAUGAGUGGGUGAUGAACUUUUAUAAACAAAACAAUUAUCUGGAAUAUGAUGCCUUAACUCGUCUUGGCAUAUCAGAUCCUAAAGGCUACAUUAAAAGAGUUUUGUCACAUGAAGACUUGACAUUCUUAAGAAGUUGUGCGAUCGGGUCACAAAUAAAACAACAACUUGAGACUGCUCUUGAGGAAUGUAUUGCUUCUAAGAGUUAUCUUGAUGUAGUAUCACUGCUACCAUCUGUGUUGUCAGAUGAAGAUAUUGACAAUGUUCUUGAAACUUUGUUGAAGGAUAACUCAAAAUUGACUAUUCUGUUCGACAAAACUAUUUUUAGCAGUCAAUUUAUUGACAAUUUGAAGCAAGCUUGCAUGCCAGUGGUCCAGAAAAAUAGUGAAACUAUUGUCAAUUCUGGCAAGUACCAACAGUUUUGCCUUGAAAAGCAACUAGCAAAGUCGGAGAUGCAACAUCAAACCCAUGUGGACCAUAAAACUGAGAGACGUGAAGAGCGUAGAAAGAAGGCGAGCUCUGGCAAAGUUGGUGGUGGAAUACAAGGCAGAGAAACUAAAACGAAGGCAGUUAAAAAACAUCCAAGAUCUAAGCAAGCUGUGCAUGAUUCUGAUUCUGAUGAGGCACCAAGUGCAGCAAAGAAAUCUCAAGAUCAAUUGGAGAUUAUUAGCAAUGAAGAAAUUGAAAGUGUCAUUAAAGAAUCUCUUGAAAAUGAAGGUCUAGAAGAUUUAAUAAGCCAAAUUGCUGAAUAUCUUCAAGGCCUUCUCAACCAAUGUGCUUUGGGAAUAGCAAAGGAUCUGGCUGAAAAGUUAUUACAAGAUGCCAAUCAAAACAGAAAGCAAACACAUUCGUCCGCCCAGGACAGGAUAAAUGUUCUCAUAAACGAUAUUAAGUUAUAUGAAAAGGGAUUAAAAUUAUUUCCAAGUGAUCAACAUGCACAAUUUAUAAAGUAUUUAUUGAAGUCCUUUGGAAGUGAUAUUCUGUCAGAGUUCUGCAAGUAUUCAGCAAAUCAGUGCAACUUGUCCGUGCAAGUUGAUGUUUUGUCGUUGGAGCAGAGAAAUAAAAUAAUGAAUGAUCUAUCGGAUGAAUAUCAGAAACCUUUGAGAGCUUUGAACGCAACAUUGGCCGAUCAAAAUAUGGAGCAUUUUUACCAAGCUGCUGAUGUAUGUUUGUCAGUGUGUGGGAUGAUCUUGAAAAAAGUAGAUAAAAAGAAGGACAAGGUUCUUGUACAAAAUCAUAGGGAAAAGCUUAUAUCAGAGUUGGAAAAUUGUGAAGAACCUGCAUUGGUGUUGCAUUUAGUGGUUCUCGCACUAUUCACUAUUCUCAACCAGAAUAUGUUGCACGCAUCUGGUAGACAAGUGCCAUCUAUUAUAACAUUUUUGAAGUCACAAUUAAAAGAUGAAGAUUUUGAAAAACUGCAGAAGUAUCAUGAAUUAGUAGCAGCAUACUUAACUGCCUCGGAUGACGACAAAAUUAGUAUAGAAGAAAAGCUCAAGGAUGAUAUGCCCAUAAUUAAGAAUUUGGUUGCUGAAGUUAAGAAGUAUAAGUGAAUGGCCAUUUUUUUCAUUUAAUUCAAACUAAGUAAUUAUUUUGGUGACAAUAUAUUAUUUUCAACUAUA